AUGAAACUACAAGCCGUCCUACUAGGCGAAUACAAUGCGUCGCCUCUCUGUCUAUACCAGCAACAGGACCAUCAUCCUCACCACCACCACCACCGUGAAUUAUCCUAUUUUUGCAUUGAGGAACUCGACGCGCUCUUAUUAGACGAUCACAGCAGCAACAGCAACAACAACAGCAGCCAUGACGGCACAUCCAUGACUGCCAGUAACAACACCACUUACGAACACAACAGCAACAAUGAGGAUGGCAUCUUGUCACAACUCCAACAUCCUGUGCAACCAUCGCAUUUCCUUGUAUCAGCAUGCGGCAGACGCUCUUUCAUCCACAACGACAGCGUCGUUCAUAUUGCCCGCUAUCGGAAUCUGCUUGCCUUGGCGGAACUGUGCCAGCUCAAAUGGGCCGAGAUCAUGGCCGGCGUGGUCGCUGCUCCCUUGCUGACGAGUCUGGGGGUUGUGGCUGCUGUGCCUGCGCGUUUGAUCCAUCAUCCCAUUGCCGUUCACCACGUGACCGACUUCCACACCUGGUUCGCCGCAAAGAAACAACAACAACAACAACAACAACAGCGCAAGCAAUCGUCCUUCUCGCCAUCGUCAUCCUCUACCUGUUUUGCCAACGACAACAACAACUCGAAUAGUCGAGACUUGCAUCGAGAGGAAGAACGGCUCUCUUCAUUUAUGCAAAAACUGUCGCAUCAUCCAUUAUGGCAAGGCGUGGCGGCACACAACGGUAAACAACGAACAGAAAAUGACAUGUGGACUCGUUUCGCCUCUUGGUUUGGUGAUUACCACAAACAAUUGCCACCCUCACUGCUGGCUACAUUUAAAACACGAAGACAGCAGCAGGCGAUCAUUGCAUCGAGACAACGACGACUCGCUAUGGACCCAGCCAGUACUUGUUCUCCCACGUCAACUAGCACGAGCACACCGACCAAAAUCAUCAAGAAACGACGUUCGAACAAUAACACAGCUUUACGACAGGACAUUGUCACGGAGUCAUCUGCUGCCUCAACCAUCAGCACCAGCAGCAGCUCUUCUACCACCAGUAGCAAUAGCAGUAGCAAUAGCAACAGUAGCACAACAACAGCAGGAACCGCAUGCUCGUCGCGCGGUAACUCGCCACAGCAACAGCCUGUUCGUCUAGGUUCACCCUUACGACAUGAAAUACGUUCCAUCAAACGAUGGACCUCACCGCCCCUUCAUGAUCAACAACUACAACAACAACAACCUCAACCGCCACAACAGCACCACCAGCAGCAAAGAACGAUACGGAGUUGUCGAUCCGUCACUGAACUGCAUCGACCUGUUCCCUUCAAGGCACAUCAAUCCAAUUUGAAACUUCCGCCACCAUGGCCAUCAUCAACAUCAGCAUCAUCAGCAUCAGUAGCAGCAGCAGCAGCAGAAGCAGCUCCACAAAAGACUGCACUAGAUAUCCAAAAUCGCAGCCACCCUCAUUUUCAUUUUCAUUCUCAUUCUCAAUAUCAGCAACCCCAACAACAGCAACAGCCCCGCAAGUGGUCCUCGUUACAAGAGUUACGGCAUCGUGGAAGCCUGGAUAGCACCAGCAGCAGUGGAAGCAACAGUAGCAGCAGUGGGGAGAGUAACUUGGAUUUAUUAGCGACGCAGGCGACGCAGCGGCAACCGAUACUUUCCUCUUCUCCUACUUCUUCCCCACAAGCCAUCAAAUUGCCCUCACCAAGUGAAAUGCUUGCACGUCGUCACCCACCUCCUUCUGGAAUCGUAUAA